AUGGCCACGCCGAGCGCUAGCGCGGGAGCGGGGGCGGCGAACGACGAUCAGUCCACCCGCGCCGCCAGACGGAAACUGGAGGAAGCGCUGGGCAAACUGGAUAUCUCCCAGGAAGAAGCGACUCCUCUGGUGAUCGAUGAUCGAGUUGAUAGCGGUCCGGCGAAGUGGUUGGUGGCUGGUAAAGUUCUUCAUCGAAAUCAUCUUCACAUCAAGACAAUCAUCAACGCUCUUCGGCCGGCGUGGGGCAACCCACGAGGUUUGCAGUUUCAUUCCGUAGGAAUCAACAUGUUUGUUGUGGAGUUUGAGAAUCAGCGAGAUAGGGAUCGGGUGUGGAACGGUUCUCCAUGGCACAUCAGCAAGAAUGCCGUGGUGCUCGCAGAUUUUGAUGAGUGCAUGAGGCCUGACGAGGUGAAGUUUGAUCGGUUGCAUAUUUGGGCUAGGGUUAUGAAUUUGCCCUACAACUUGAGGGACGAAGCUUGGUGGACUCCUAUAGCAAAGCAGAUGGAUCAGCACGCACAAUUUGUCAAGUUUGAUCACGACGGAGGGUUUUUGCGAGCAAGGAUCACCAUUGAUAUUCAGAAGCCUCUCAGAAGGUGGAUUCUCAUUGAUUCUGCAAGGAGGAAAAAGGUUGACAUGUAUGAUAUCCAAUAUGAGCAGUUGUCGUAUUUUUGCUUCUCUUGUGGCAGAUUGGGAUAUUCAGAAUUAUAUUGUCAGACACCGGGAUCCCGUGAUGAGCAAGGGGAACUCCCGUUUGGUCCUAAGAUUCGCGCUCCGGACGAGUUCAGGAGACAGGCGACUAGCGAGAACUCAUCGAGUGAUCCCAAGCAGGGUGCAAGCAACAAAUCGACCACUAGAAACUCAAGCACCAACAAGGAUCCAGGCGAGGAGGUGGUAUCCCCCAUGAAGCACAAACAGCCGCCGAAGAGGAAAGACGCUCCUAUUCAGGUCUAUAGACCGGUGGCCAAAACUUUGUUGCUCACAGAUGGCGGCGCGGGUGCUUCGGAUGGUGAGGCUGCCGCCCUAAAGGAGGACUCAACCUCGGCUAGUAACGAUGGAUAG